AUGGGAUACGGUGAAAAAGGAAGACCCUUCAAAAAGCCAAAAGCCUCAUCUAAAUUCGAAGAUUCAAGAAAAGGAUUCGCAGAGGAUGACGAUGAGGAUGAUGCAUACGACGAAGACGAAGGAAGAACAAAGGAUUUUAGCAAAUUAGAGUUGAAACUGGAUCAUACCAAUCGUCCUCUUUGGGCUUGUGAUAAUGGCCGAAUAUUUCUCGAAACUUUCUCUCCUUUGUACAAGCAAGCUUAUGAUUUUCUCAUUGCCAUCGCCGAGCCUGUUUGCAGGCCCGAGUCUAUGCACGAAUACAAUCUUACUCCGCACUCGCUGUAUGCUGCGGUUUCGGUUGGUUUAGAGACUGAAACAAUUAUAUCGGUUUUGAACAAGUUGUCAAAGACCAAGCUUCCUAAAGAGAUGAUUAAAUUUAUCCAUGAUUCUACUGCGAAUUAUGGGAAAGUGAAACUUGUUCUUAAGAAAAAUCGUUACUUUGUGGAAUCUCCAUUUCCAGAGGUAUUAAAGACACUGCUCAGGGAUGAUGCUAUAUGUCGAGCCAGGAUCAUUUCUGAGGCUUCACAUGGAGAUAGAUUUACAAUCAGCAAAGCAGCAGGUGAAAUUGAAGGCACUCAUGAUGAGUUGCUAAAUGAAGUAGAAGUAGCAGCUGCUGCAGAAGAGAAAGAAACUCAUGCAUUCGAAGUUGAUCCUGCUCAGGUUGAAAAUGUAAAGCAACGUUGCUUGCCGAAUGCCUUAAAUUAUCCUAUGUUGGAGGAGUAUGACUUCAAAAAUGAUACAGUGAACCCAGACCUUGACAUGGAACUAAAGCCUCAGGCACAACCACGACCAUAUCAAGAGAAGAGCCUUAGUAAAAUGUUUGGAAAUGGUAGAGCAAGAUCUGGUAUCAUAGUUCUACCCUGCGGUGCUGGUAAGUCCCUAGUUGGUGUUUCAGCAGCUUGCCGGAUAAAAAAGAGCUGUCUUUGUUUGGCAACAAAUGCUGUCUCUGUGGAUCAGUGGGCUUUUCAGUUUAAACUAUGGUCAUCUAUUCGAGAAGAACAAAUAUGUCGUUUCACAUCUGAUAGCAAAGAGAGAUUCCGUGGUAAUGCUGGAGUUGUUGUGACAACGUAUAAUAUGGUUGCUUUUGGGGGUAAACGGUCUGAAGAAUCAGAAAAGAUCAUUGAAGAAAUAAGAAACAGAGAAUGGGGAUUGCUGCUUAUGGACGAGGUACAUGUGGUUCCUGCCCAUAUGUUUCGAAAAGUCAUCAGUAUCACUAAAUCUCACUGCAAACUUGGGCUCACAGCCACACUUGUGAGAGAGGACGAGCGAAUUACAGAUCUGAACUUCCUAAUUGGUCCCAAACUGUAUGAGGCAAAUUGGUUAGAUCUUGUAAAAGGUGGAUUUAUUGCAAAUGUACAGUGUGCUGAAGUAUGGUGUCCAAUGACAAAAGAGUUUUUUACCGAGUAUCUAAAGAAAGAGAACUCCAAGAAGAGACAGGCCCUUUAUGUGAUGAACCCAAAUAAAUUCCGAGCAUGUGAGUUUCUCAUAAAUUACCAUGAAAGGGCACGCGGUGAUAAAAUUAUAGUGUUUGCUGAUAAUCUUUUUGCUCUUACUGAGUAUGCCAUGAAACUCCGCAAACCAAUGAUAUAUGGUGCUACAAGCCAUGUUGAGCGGACAAAAAUUCUACAUGCAUUUAAAACUAGCAAAGACGUAAAUACGGUUUUUCUUUCCAAGGUUGGUGACAACUCGAUCGAUAUUCCUGAAGCAAAUGUUAUAAUUCAGAUCUCUUCACAUGCUGGUUCAAGGCGUCAAGAAGCUCAACGUCUUGGUCGUAUUCUUAGGGCAAAAGGAAAGCUUCAGGAUAGGAUGGCAGGUGGCAAAGAGGAGUAUAAUGCAUUUUUUUAUUCCCUUGUGUCGACAGAUACCCAGGAGAUGUAUUACUCAACUAAGAGGCAGCAAUUUUUAAUUGAUCAGGGUUACAGCUUUAAGGUAAUUACAAGCUUGCCUCCAUCUGAUGAAGGAUCUCGCUUGAGCUAUCAUCAUCUUGAGGAUCAAUUGGCACUUCUUGGAAAGGUAUUGAAUGCUGGUGAUGAUGCAGUUGGGUUAGAGCAACUAGAAGAAGAUUCUGAUGAACUAGCUCUUAAGAGUGCCCGUCGUUCUCAAGGAUCGAUGAGUGCAAUGUCAGGUGCCAAAGGGAUGGUUUAUAUGGAGUACAGUAAUGGGCGUAAAGGCCAAAUGAUCAAGAGCAAGCCGAAAGAUCCAGCAAAGAGACACUUCUUAUUUAAACGGCGAUAUGGCCCAACCUAA